AUGCCUUUUCUAUUGGCCUUGUGCUUCUUUCUGAGAGGCAGUGAAAGCGGGGCAGAGAGGUCUCGCAUCCUGCUGGGCUUCCAAGCUCCCAAGAACAUCUCCUUUCCAUUCAGUGCAAUGAGGCUGGGGGCAGGGAUGCAGAUUGCUAUCGACAAGGUGAAUUCGAAUCCUGCCUUCCUGAAUAACUACACUCUGGACUUUGCAUACUUUGACUGUGACUGUAACGCCAAGACCUCUCUUAGUGGAUUCAUCAGCCAGGUGUGGAACGACAACAUCUCAGCCCUCUUUGGCCCCGCUUGUCCCGAGGUAGCAGAGGUUACAGGUCUCAUGGCUUCCCAAUGGGACAUCCCAAUGUUUAGCUUUGUAGGGCAGACCCCCAAGCUGGACAAUGUUGCUGUUUAUGACACCUAUGUCAAACUGGUGUCGCCCCUUCAAAGAAUCGGGAAGACCCUGCUGAAGGCUCUUCAGCACUUCGGAUGGAAGAAUGUGGCCUUGCUUGGAGGGGGCCCUGCCCAUAGAAUCGGGGACAAAACGGAUGAUCUCUGGAAUUCUGUGCUGAGCCAGCUAAACCCAAACAUCACCAUUUUAGCCAGUGUGAAGUAUGACACCAGUGACCCUGAACUCAACCGUAAGAAUCUGAAGCACAUCUCAACUGCGGCCAGGAUCAUUAUUUUAAUAUGUAAUUAUGAGGAUGCAAGGUCAAUAAUGCUGGAAGCUCAUAACCUCCAGAUUGAGCAUGGGAAUUACGUCUUCUUCAUACUACAGCAGUUUGAGAUCAGUAGCUUCAUGGAUAACCUUUGGAAAUAUUCUGAAAAUUCAGAAGCAGUUCAGACUCCCCUAGCAGCCUUUGAUUCGGUGUUCAUAGUGACAUUAAAGUCCUAUGGAGGAUUUGACUACUCUGGUCUAGUCAAUCAAAUCUACCAGAGACUGAAAGGGCCUCCAUUCUACAGCAAUCUGACUUCAGAGAAAGAGGUGAGUUCUUAUGCUGCCUAUCUCCACGAUGCAGUGCUACUUUAUGCCACAGGGGUGAAGGAGCUGAUAAAGGCAGGCAAGACGUCCUUUACUGGGAGAAAGCUGGUAAACAGCCUGAAAGCUAACCAGGUUCAGCUUUAUGGAGCGACGGGUGUGGUGAGUCUGGAUGAGUCUGGGGAGAGGUUAAUGGAUUAUUCUGUAUAUGACCUGCAGUCCUUUGGAAACAUCUCCAAAUUCGUGCCGGUUCUGCACUAUAACAGCAUGAGGAACAGCAUCAGCCCCACACUGGAAUUCUCAAAUAUCAUUUGGCCAAAUGGCCAGCCUGUUAAAGACAUGCCUGAAUGUGGAUUCAACAAUAACCUCUGUGGAUUACCAAAUAACAAUGCCUCUACAUUGAUCUUAGUGUUAUCACUCCUGGGUGCGACGACUGCAGCAGGAGUAUGUGUUGCACUACUGGUCGUACAUAAAGGCAAACUACGAAAACAAGAUGAUGACAUCUGGUGGAGAGUAAACUAUAAUGAUAUCGAAAUUAUCAAAGACAUAAAGGAAAAUCAGACUAUGAAUGAAUUGUUAUCUACUACACUGUCAGCAAAGGAAAGUGAAAGCUGUGAAUCCCACACAAUAGAAUCCAGCAACAAAAGCCAUGGGAACAAAAUAGGGAAAGAGAUCAUUUAUACAACUAUAGGUCUCUACAAUGGUGCUCAGAUUGCCAUUAAAUACCUUGAUAGGCAAGCAGCUAUUGAUGUGAGAAAGCCAUCAAUAAUUGAAGAGUUUAAAGUUAUGCAUAAACUGAGACAUGAAAAUCUGGUGUAUUUCAUUGGUGCUUGCAUGGAACCACCAAAUAUCUGCAUUCUUACACAGUACUGCAGUAAGGGAAGCUUAAAGGAUGUUUUAAGUAACAAGGAUAUUGAGCUGGAUUGGAUGUUCAAGUUGUCCUUCGCUUAUGACAUCGUCAAUGGAAUGGUGUUUAUUCACAACAGUAAUCUCAGAUCCCAUGGGAAUCUAAAACCGACAACCUGCCUGGUGGACAGUCGACUGCAGGUGAAGCUCACAGGAUUCGGAUUAUGGGAAUUCCGAUAUGGGCCUAAGCACAGAGUCAUUGCUCAAGAAAACCCCAAAUACGACGAACUGUAUUGGACAGCCCCAGAACUAUUAAGACAAGUCUAUCAUACCUUUAAUGGCACACAAAAGGCAGAUGUCUACAGCUUUGCCAUUAUAAUGAGGGAACUGAUCUACGAUGAAGAAACUGGUCCAUACCAUGACUUGCAGAUGGAACCGGAGGAAAUUAUUAACAAAAUAAAGGAUCCCUGUGCAAUGGUUCGAUUGAGACCCUCAUUAUCAGACGACAAAUGCAACGAGAGUAUUGCAGCCAUGCUUAAAACCUGCUGGGAAGAACAUCCUGAACGAAGACCAACAUUUCUAGCAAUCAAACGACAAUUACAAGAAGCAAGUUCUGACAGUCAUGUGUGCAUUGUGAACAACAUGGUGAACAAACUGGAGAAAUAUGCAAAUCACCUGGAGGAGGUGGUAGAGGAAAGAACCAAUCAGCUCACUGCAGAGAAGAAGAAAAUAGACAAGCUGCUCUCCAGCAUGUUGCCCAGUUACAUUGCAGAGGAGCUGAUAGCUGGGAAGUCUGUGGAACCCGAAAGUUUCGAGUCUGUUUCCAUUUUCUUCUCUGACAUAGUGGGGUUCACCAGCAUGUGCUCUAUCAGCUGUCCCCUGGAAGUGGUCAAUCUGCUUAAUGACCUCUACAGUUUAUUUGAUGAAAUAAUUAAGAUCUAUGAUGUCUACAAGGUGGAAACCAUUGGAGAUGCUUACAUGGUAGCCAGUGGACUCCCCAUUCGCAAUGGUAUAAAGCAUGCUGAGGAAGUUGCCACCAUGUCUUUGCACUUCCUUAGUGCGAGCAUGAUGUUUAAAAUAAGACAUUUGCCUGAUGAAAAACUGAAGAUUCGCAUAGGCCUGAACACAGGGUCAGUUGUGGCUGGAGUGGUUGGCAUCACAAUGCCUAGGUACUGCCUGUUUGGAGAUACUGUGAAUGUGGCAUCCAGGAUGGAAAGCAACAGUUUGCCAAUGAAGAUCCAUGUGUCUGAGAGUACUGCGAGUAUUCUUUAUAAGAUUGGCACAUUUCAAUUGGACCUAAGAGGAGAUGUUGAAUUGAAGGGUAAAGGAAACCAAAGGACUUAUUGGUUGAAAAACAAAAAAGGAUUUAAUCUGCCACUACCAGACUCCAGCUCUACUAUUGACUUGCUUGAGGAAACAGCCUUGCACAUGGAUGGGGUUGCGGCAGACGACCAGCAGAAUGCCACCAGGGGAAAGCCAUGGGGAUGCAGCGCUGAGGAGAAAGCGUCAGAAUAAAGACCACGUCUAUACGUCUUCUACCAGGGCCAAGGCAUUAACCAGCUCUAGUGUCUAGGAAGAUAAAUGCCAGCGACCUGCCUCCAACAAAGAAACCUGAUGCCAUCCACCAAACCAGCGAGGGCCGUUUGCUUUGCAGAGAAAAUAUUUUCCCAAUUUCAUAUUCCUCUAGGCUGGUUGCAGCUUUGUAGGCAAUGCUAAAAUGAUGGUGACCCAUGCAUCCUGUGUCUGUUUCAGUUUGGCUUGAGCAUCACCAAAGAUAGGCAUUGUUAGGUAAUUAGGGUUCAACUACCUGCACACCCUUGAUACUGAAUUACAGAUGUUCACUUCUUUUAUGCAGUAAAACUAAAAUCAGCACUUCUUUUAGAUUUCAUUAGGCUUUGUGGCAUUACUAAAGAUAUGAGGUGGAAGCACUGAAGCAUAAAUAUAGCACAACUAAAUAUAUUUUUACUGGAACAUAAAGUCAUUAGCUGUAUCAGUUAUCUGCUUUAUAUUACUAUGUAUGGUACAUCCUGUUCUGAUUACACUCAUAUAAUAUUAAAUUAUAAUACAUGUUAAAAGGUCCUUUAUGACUUUACAAUGCAUAAUGAAACCAAAAGUAAAGCUAGCUGGAGGCAAGGGUGGAAACUAUAUUAGACAGGCAUAACAGGAAAUGGGAACAAUGUCAUUAUUAUUUUAUUUAUUUGUAUCUUAUCAUCCUGUUCAUGCAGUAUUCUGGUUAUAUUACAAGCACCAUGUAUGCAAUAGAAAGUAUGUUUAAACUGAAAUGAAGCGCCAGGUUUGAAGUGUUCAUUUCCUUACAUCAGGCACUGCAUCUGCACAAAAAGUGAAGUAAAUGAGUGAUCAGUGUGCUGGCAAUAACAUUCUCUGGCAAAUAAAGGAAAGAACAUGAUGAGCCCUGCUUGUUUUGACUUAAACAGUCUUUGUCACAGACUUUAAUCACUGCCAUUAUCCACUGAACAUUUCACUUGUUUUACAUUUAAUAUAUAAGUUACAUAAUUUACAUUCUGUGCAAAUCCAUACCAUUGUUACAAAAAUAAAGUCAAAAUAUUGUGCAGUUGAUUAAUUUAAGAGCACUGGCUAUACCAAUAAAAUGAAUACAUAUUUAGGAAGUUGCUUGAAAGCAUUCACAUAUUGCACUAAGAAGAAUCAACGCACAUUCAAAAGGCAAAUACUUUGUGAAUUAACUGUUUUUAAAUUUGCCCAAAUACAUACACAUAUUUUGUAUUUAAGCGAGAUACCAGGCAGAAUAAACACAGUGAUGUUUGACUUUCAGUCUAUUUGCACAUUGACUGAUAUCAUGAUGGAACGGAACACUCAUAGUGUGUUAUCCCACUAAACACACUACAGUAUGAGACA